UUCUGGGAAGCCUUUUCGAGCGGCAGGAAAGCUGUUUCUCGUACGGAGAAAUGGCUCCGAGGCACAACACUCAGUUGGAGAAAGUCAUCGAUGACGUGCUAAAGAGUGGCGAUGUCCAAGCGCUGGAUGUGUUCUUGCAAACGAACAUCCAUGAAGGCCCCCCCAUAGCAUGUUCUGCACAGUUUCUCCCCAAAUUGGAUAAACUUGUUAUCAGGAGUUUGGAUCAAAACGAUUUCAAGUCAGCCAGUUUGGGUCUUGCUAUCCUUUACAAGUAUGGGAAACACCUGAAACUACCUGGUGGCUGCCAAGGGCUGUCAGGAUUGAUCGCUCAAGGCCUGCUGGAAAAGAUGGUACAGUGGUUUGGGAAAUGCAGGCAAUUGUGGAUCGAAUGUGGCCCGAAAUGGGAUGAGACCUUGUUCAAUCUGUCUGAGGAAUUCUUUGAUGCCUUAAUGGUGGUUCAUGAAGCAUGCAAAGAGGGAACAUGCAAAAUCACAGAGUUCUUCCUGUACCCUGUCGGUCAAUUGGCAGUAGACCCCAGAGUCUUCAUCCUGAUCCAAAAAGAGGCAAUUCGUAAAUAUAACUUAAUUCUGGACAAGAUUCCAGUGGAGCUUAAGAAAGAGAGGAAGAUCCUAACAUCAAAUGAGGCUUCAGAUAUCAUGGUGAAGUUGGCUGGUCAGAUUUUGAAGGGGGGUGAUUACGACUUGCAGACAGCCCUGAUGGAGGCAUUGUGCAGAAUGGCCUCUUCUGACCAGAGGAAGGAACUGGCAGAUCGAUGGUUCAGCAUGGAGCAUGUGGCCAAUGCCUUUGUCAAGAUCAAAGAUUCUGAGUUUGAGACGGAUUGUCGCAAGUUUCUGAACUUGGUGAAUGGGAUGCAGGGAGACAGGAGAAGAGUGUACUCCUAUCCUUGUUUGGAGGUUUUUCUGGACAAGCAUGAGCUGCUGAUGCCUGCUGAUGAGAAGCUGGAAGAAUUUUGGAUUGACUUCAACCUUGACAGCCACAGCAUCUCCUUUUACUUCUCUUUAUUUGAUGGAGAAGCACGGGAGGGCCAAUGGGAAACAAUAUGCAUCGAUGACCAUGAAGUCAGAAGUUUCACUGUUACAGAGGAGGGCAAGAGCAAAGUCUUGCAGUUACUGUUGUCAGAGCUGAUCGUUGUGGGUGACAUAGAAGGAUCAAGACUUGCCAUCCACUUCAGCUCCUCCCUGGACAUCCUGCAGGCUGCUUGUACUGUCUACGGACACCGCAAAAACAAAGGCUUUGUGGGAAAGAUGGGCAAAUCGCAAGUAAAGACGACAGUUAGAAUUAUAAUGACGGAAAACAUCUCCCAGGUUGUUCCAGAGAGUCAGAUGUCCCUUGGUGAAAGUGAGAAAGAUACUGCCCCCUACCUUUUACCUGCCCAGUCUGCAAUUGUGCAGAUGGAGACCCCAACGAAGAGGAGGUGUUCAGAGUCUACCACCUUCAUCAACAACAGUGCAGGAGGAAGUGUGCAUGAUUCCCGUCUCCUCUCCUCUGUUAUGUCCUCAACCAAGGGUAAAGGGAAGCCAUCUCUGGAGAUGGUGCGUUCAUGUGAUAGGCAAGGUGAAUCUUACCUGGGAGCGCUAAGGACAUCUGCUAAGACCUGCAGUAAUAGCACACCUAACAGCACAAUGGCAGGUGGCAUGACAGAGCAGAUUGAUCCGUCUCUCCAGAGCAUGGCUUCCAAACAGUCCAAUAGGAAUAAUGUUCACAAAUACAAAAAGAACAUACCAGUGGCAGAAGCAGUCAAAAUGGUUCUGUCUGGACAUGGAGAAGAACACUCUUUGGAGUCUAGUGUUGUGCCUGACACCCAACCCAGAACUGAGAGGAACAUAACUUUGAACCGGAACAAAUUGUCAGUUUCUGAAUUCAUAAUGACGUCGACGCAGAAAAUCAAUUCUCGGCCAAGACCUGAGCCUCGUUCAAGUUUGGCACAACAGCAGGAGUGCCCGUCACAGAAAUUGUCAAUUCCAGUCUCAAGCUCAACCAGCCAAAAGCAACUCCAUAUCGAACUCACCCAGCGCCUGCAGAAGGUCCUCAGUGAGAGGAACCAAGGUCCUGCACCACGGGAGCCAUCCACCCCCCGGAGAAAAUUGGCCGAUCUCAAAGAGGGUUCUAAAGGCAGAAACUCUGCAGUUCAGUCUGAUUUGGGGCUGUGUACUUCCAAAGAGCAGCAGACCCGGACAAAGGCCCUUUCCAAAGGGAAGCGCCAACGCCUGAUGUCACCAGAGGCAGAUGCUGCUGUAAUCAAAGCUCCAGCCAAGACCUCCACAGCCAAGGCUCUGCAAAAAAGAGUUCCACCUCAAGCUAAGGUUGGAAAUGAUAUUGGCCGAUCAAACAAAGAGACGAGAGAUGCAGAAGUUGCAGGCAGCCUGGUGAAGCGCAUUUCUAGUCAUUAUGAGAUCAACACCAAAUCCAAAGCAAAAGAUACUGCAGAAGGUAUCCCCAAGAGCUGGAUUCCUCUUGUCAAAAGGCAUGUCUUCAAUAUGAGCUGGUUUUCAGGUGGUAAAAACAAAUCAUCAGGAGCUGUAAGCCUAAUGAAAUCAGAGAGCAAAACCACAACUAAAUCUACACGGCAAAGAAAAGAUAUUUUUGCAUUCAACAUUGAUGGACAUUUGAGUGUGACGGGAAAGAACACAACAUUCUCUCACAUUUCUGCCAUGUCGAUCAGUAGCAGCAAUGACUCACCAACACUGCCCAGCACAACCAAGAAAGGACAACCUGCGGAAAAAGCGAAGCGGUAUGUGAAAAAGCAUCUGUUCAGUGACACGGACUACAGCACGACAGAUGUCAGCUGGCUGAGGGAAACAUGCAGGAAACCCAAACCUAAAGUCACCAAAUACUCCAGACAGGCGCCUGUCCAACCAAGAGCAAUGUCACCUCAUACUUCAUAUGAUUUCACAGAUCUUCCCCCAUCCUCUCAAAAACCUGAGAAGGGCAAUACCAAACUCAACAAGAAGAGGCCUGAGGUGAAGGGGAGAGUGGAGCAGCCAAACAAGGCAGUGAAGCUAGCACCAGCACCCAAAAGACUCCAUGCAGCAGGCAGGAGGUCCAAAAGAACUGCAGCCAUCUCUACCAAGAGCUACAAGGAGCCAGACACUGAUGACAGCCUAUCGGAGUUAGAGAAGCCUGCUGUUCCCAAGUACUCCUCCGCUCAUCAUUUGCAGAAUGCUGAGAGAACUUACGAGGCUGCUCAAGUGACAAAGAAAAAGACUGCCAGCCACCCAACCAAAAGCUAUAUGAUGCCAGAGAGCGACCGUCAUAGCAACCAGUCAGAGUCCAUCUUUGGACAUCCACCCCCUUCCAAGAAGCAGAGGCCUGACAAUGUUCUUUCAGAAACUAGGAAGUUAAAUAAGAAAAAUGUCGUUCCUGCCCAAGAACAAGUGAACAGAUUGAAGGGUCCCCGGGCUGACCGCCAGACCUUCUUCAAUCCAUCCCCUUUGAUCGAGACGAUGAGAUCUGCUGAGAGGUCAGCCCCAACCUUGGAGUUGACCUGCUCCCCUCUCUUCACCCCGCGGGGAUCCCCACUCCCUGCCUCCCCCGACCAACUCAGCGAGGACCCCUCCUCACCGAUCCUGCUGCGACCCAAACCUCGCUCUACAGUCAGCAGCAAAGGAAACUUAAGGGCCUCUUUAUACAGUGCAGAAAAAAAGCGCAGCUCAUCCAAGACUCGAUCCAACCAGUCUGUACCCGCUCUCCCUUCACUGACCCCCAUCAGACAAACCCCUGCACCUGCUGCUGCAGCAGAGAUGAAUCCAAUCGAGGAGCGUCUGCCGUCUGCAACUCCAUCUCCCUUUCCUCUGUCUGCUCAACCCCUGUUGACAUCCACUCUUCUCGAGCUGGAGAAGACGUCCAUUCCCUCUCCUCCUCAGUCUCCGUUCCCUGAAGACACUUUCAACCAUGGGAGCCAUUACAGCUUCAGUAAAGUGUCUUCAGUAUCUUGGGUUUCAUCCACUAAGUCAUCAGUACUCAGUAGUAGAGUUAAGAGCAGUCCCGCUGCUGCCCUGAAUGUGUCUCGUAUAAAAGAGAAAACACCAUCUUCAGACCGAGACCAAAGGUCUGACCGGCUUCAUUUCUCAGGACCCAGUCGCAAGCGCAUCUCUUUGUCCUGUAAUUCUGAGGAAGAUGAAGAGGAAGAGAGAAAAAAGAGCAAGACAAGAGGACAGCGCACUCCUCGGAUGAAACCAAGGAAGUUGUUCAAAACCUCAACUAGACCUCAUGGUGAAGACGAGCUCUGGGGAGAGCAAAGUAGUCAAGACGAAGAGGAAAGCCAGCCAAAGGAGAUGACUUUCAAAGUUGCUAAGGAAAGAAUAAGUGACAGAUAUCAGAAUAUCACAAAGGAGACUGUCAGAGACACGGCUCAUGGCACAGUCGCUGAGGUGUCUGCCGAGGAUGAGGUGAGCUGUGUGAUGUCUUCUUCCCACACGGUGAGCACCAGUCAUUGGGAGGCUGAGGUGGAAGAUGGAGACAUGGAUGCGGAUGAGGGUUUCGAGUUGCCAAAACUUGCUGAAAACGCGAGUAACCUGUCCAAACAAUUCAGCUCUGAGCUAAAGAAAAAGUUCCAGAGCCGUCAUAAUAUGGUGGAAGUUUACAACAAGCAUUCCUUGAAGACCGUCCAACAACAUGUCUCCUGCCUCAACAUGCAUGUUACCAAAUACAGGACUCAGAGGCUUGAACAGGUUCAGAAGGUCCUCGUGGAAGAGAUCAACCAACUGGAGAAGGAUGACACUGUGCUCACGAGCAUGGAGAGAGACCUGACUAUUUACUGGAAAAAGCAGUCCGUGGCUUUCCAUUCCCACCGGGAGCAGGGAAUCAUCAGAAAUGAGGCCUUGAAGAAAGCCCUCCGGACUAACGUGUGUCACAGUGUGGAGUAUGAGGAGAAAAUAUUCACAUCCCAGAUGUGCAUGAUACGAAAUGACAUGAAGUCAGCUCAGGACAGACUCCUCAGCGAGAUGCAAGAGGGGGAGAUCCAGAGUGUGAAGAGAGGCCUGCAUGCUCUGUUUUUCCCCUGAUGAUGGAGCCACGUCUUGAGCUGAACAAAGUACAGCCAAAGAUCACUACAGUAUAAACAAGGUUGUGUAUUUUACCACUGUGUACUUUAACUGUUCUGGUUUCAUUUCAAAGUGUUUGCCUUGAGUACUGAUUGUUACAGGUUCUGCGUUCAUUGUACCUGGAUAUGUUUGUUUUAUUCUGACCUGGAAGUGUUGUUGCUAUAUGUUUGGUUUUAUUAGAAAUGUUAUCUUAUUCUGAUGUUUUGUGUUCUUCGAAAGUAAGUACAGUAAAAAGCUGUUCGGCUCUGUGACAUUUUUAAUACAAAUUCCUGAUUUAUUCAUGUAGAUUAGUAAAGUACUGAAAAUUGCCAAUUAAUUAAACAAUGAAAUUGUUAAAUCUA